GGGAACUACGAGGAAUGCAUCGGGACCCGGGCGAGGCUCAACGAGACCCUCUACGCGGACGUGGAACGGCUGGACUUCGCGGGAAAGUACUGCGUCGUCACCUUCAUGGCCGUUCCCCCAGAAGGCAAGGAAGUUCGGAGCGACCAAUUGGUGAAUGGCCUGGCAUCACUCGGCAUCUAUGGAGUGCCGUUCCUCGCGGAGGGGAUCUGCCUCCCAUCGUCCUGUUCCGAUGCAGACGUUCAGAAUUCUCUGUCGGCCAACUUCGAAGGAACGAUUCAGGCGGGGAUAGUGGGUUGUCAGGACGAUAGCGUCCCUCCUCUUACCACUUCGGGGAUCAUCCUCGUUGUGGUGCUCUCUCUGUUCGGCGUUUACUUCCUAAUCGGCACGAUCUUGGAUCUUAGGUUUCGGAAUAACAAGAAGAAACCUGAGACAUUCAUGGACAGCCUGCUCGUGGCGGGAUCUUUUUACACCAACGGGGAGAAGCUUCUCUCGACCAAACAAGGCUCUGAUGUCAUCGGCAGCCUUCACGGCAUAAGGUUCGUCACCAUGACGUGGGUCGUCCUGGGGCACACCUACUCCAUAAUGACUGCGGGUGUUCCUAUGAUCAAUCCGAUGGUGCUCGAUGAAAUGACGAAGGUUUUUUUUUUCAACGCUAUACUUAAUGCUACGCCGUCAGUGGACACUUUCUUCUUCAUGAGUGGACUCCUCGUUUCCUAUCUCCUCCUCAAGGAACUUCAAAGGAACAAAGGGAAAUUCAACAUCAUCAAGUUCUAUAUUCAUCGAUACAUCAGGCUCACGCCGAUCUACGCGAUGUUCAUUUGGUUCUCCGUCGAUCUCUUCCCAUACACGUUCUCUGGCCCUUUACAAAAAAUCGUCUCGGACGUCUUGACCGACCCCUGCCGGGACCAAUGGUGGAGGAACCUCCUCUAUAUCAACAACAUGGUCGAGGAGAAGGAAGGCAUGUGCAUGGGACACACGUGGUACAUGGCCAACGACUUCCAGAUGUACCUCGUAUCCCCCUUGAUCAUCCUCCCUCUCUUCUUCUUCCCGGCAGUCGGCAUGGGAUUUGCUGGUCUCCUCCUCGCCGGGUCCAUCACAGUCCCCGCUGUCGUCCUCAUCGCUAACGACAUCGGAGGGACAUCCACUUACCAAGAUAGAAUCAAGUGA